CUCUGGGCCCAGGACAGGAGCCGAGCGAGGAUGGGCUCGCGGUUUCCUAGACUUCGAGCACUUCUCCCUCGUUCCCGCCAUCUUCCUUCCAAAGCCAUUGGGGUCACUGAUGGCGUAGCAUUAUGGUUGUAGAAAUGAAUUCUAGCCUUUGACCCAGGCAGAGGAAGAACAAGCGGUGCUCCAGGAAUGUUUCAGAGAAGAUGACAGAAGAACUGGAUCUCAUAGAACAGGACUCUGAUGGGGAUAGUGAGGAGGUGGUCCUCACACCUGCAGAGCUCAUUGAAAAGCUGGAGCAGGCCUGGCUGAAUGAAAAAUUUGCCCCUGAGCUGCUGGAAAGCAAGUCUGAAAUUGUAGAAUGUGUCAUGGAACAACUAGAUCACAUGGAAGAAAAUCUCAGGAGAGCCAAGAAGGGGGAUCUGAAAGUCAGUAUCCAUCAAAUGGAGAUGGAGAGGAUUCGCUAUGUCCUUAGCAGCUACUUGCGGUGUCGUCUUAUGAAGAUAGAGAAGUUUUUCCCUCAUAUCCUUGAAAAGGAGAAGACACGCCCCGAGGGAGAACCUGCUAGCCUUUCUCCAGAAGAGUUUGCCUUUGCCAAAGAGUACAUGGCUAACACAGAGACCUAUCUAAAGAAUGUUGCCUUAAAGCACAUGCCUCCUAACUUACAGAAAGUGGACCUCUUAAGGUCAGUUCCCAAACCAGAUCUAGAUUCAUAUGUGUUUCUGAGAGUGAGAGAACGACAAGAAAACAUACUGGUAGAACCAGAAACGGAUGAGCAGAGGGACUAUGUGAUCGAUUUGGAGGAGGGCUCACAGCACCUGAUCCGAUAUAAAACCAUCGCCCCUCUGGUUGCUUCUGGAGCAGUACAGCUAAUUUAAAACCAAAAAUACAUAAACAAGAAUGAAGAUGUGAAAAACCCACUUUAUGCCUAAGGACAACAGACUUUUCUUGCAAUGUUGUGGAUCAUUUGGGUAUUGAGAAGGAGCUCAAGGAAGUCUUGCCAAAUGUCCUCCUAACUUCCUGCCAUUUUAGCCAGUAUCAGUAGAGGGGGCCAUCGCUCUGCUGAUCCUUAAAACUGAGCAAAUACAUGGAGACUUUUGCUUUGUGCACCCUUCCCCUUUAUAGUGUUAUUGGAACUCAGGAAAGUAAGGCAAAGGUAGUAUGUAAAAAGUCAUUGCUGCCUAUAAUUAGAGGACUGUAGUUAGCCCUGACCUUGUAGUGGCAGGGGAAUUCAGUUAAUCUUCUAAUAGGAAGAUUAUAAAUAGAUUAAAGAAAUAGCACUGUUCUUUCUUCUCUGUCAUGUCACUAGAUUGUGUGAACUAACCUAUUGGAACCUCUAAUAUUGGACUUAAAACCGCUUCUGUCAUGUAUAACUGAGAAUACCAACUCAACUAAUAAAGCAUUAAGUUUCAGUUUGGUGGCCGAGGAACCUCUGGACAGUUCUGGGUUUGUAGUCUGAUGAAGGGUGUGCUCCCUGAUGCUAACCUGCAGCCUUCCCUGACUCAGGCAGCUUUGCCAAGCCAGCCUCCAGACCAUCUGCCAUGCCUUGGGCAAAGCUCUCUCAGCACUGCAACAUUAAUUAUCCAAUAGUGUGACCUCAGUUGCAGUUUUUCCUUUUUAAGCUCUUCACUUUAGGGAAGUAGAUGAAAUUAAUCUUACUGUAAAUGGAAAAUCUCCCAGUGGUACCUAAAGGAAGGGUGUAGACAGUGAAGGAAUCAUCUUUCCUUGAAACAUGAUAAAAAGCAACUUGCAUUCUUUAUUAUUGCUUGAUGAAAAGGCAGUAGAUUUUCAUUCUCAUGAUGCAGGCUGUUAAAGCAAUCAAGGUAAUAUUGCUAUCAUUUCCGAGAGAAAUUGCCAAGGAAAGCAAGGAAGGUUUCAUGCAUUAAUGAAAGUGUUUUAUACAUCAUCCCCCUUCCCCCAGGGUGUUUUUAUCCUCUACAGCCAUUUACUAAGCAAAUACAUGUUAGCAGACAGUGUACCAGUUAACAUUCAAGACACUGAGAUUCCACUGUCCCUACUCAUGGGGACAAGCGCCUUGCAGAGAUGAAAACAAGAUGACUCACCAGAGAGUGACUGGAUUGGGUGAUCUGAGAAGUUCUCACUGAAUUUGGUGAGGUUGAGAGCUGAAUAAUAAGAGGAAGGACAUUCCAGGCAGAGAAAACAGCAGAAACAAAAGACGCGCAGCAGAAAUGAAUUCUGUCUGUAGUCAAUAUGACUGGAACAUACUAAGAGGAAGAUUGUGUGCAAAUCACUUACAGCUUUCUUAGCAAGGAUCCCAUUUGGUCCUCACAGCAAUCGUGAGAAGUGGGCAGGUCUGACAGUAUGCAGUAGUGGAAAAUAAAGCAGAUGUGUAGUGAUAUGUCUGAGACCAGAAUCCAAGCGGGCUUCCUAAUUACCUGUGUGCCUUCUCUCUCUCUCCCUGCCUCUCUGGCAUGCUACUAAGCACAGGAGGGAGCAUGGGUUAUGUGCUACUGAAGCCUUAAUGUGCACCAGUGGCCUAGAGAUCUUGUUAAGAAGCAGAUUCUGAUUCAGGAGGUCUGGGUGGGACCAGGAACCCGUACUUCUGCGGAGCAUUUAGUCUGAGCGGUUGCUGCUGACCAGGGAUCUCCUGUCCGGUUUGUGCCAGGCUUUACAGCGGAGUUUAAAAGUCUCUACUAAAGUCUCAGAGAAUCAUUUCGUUUCCCACAUCGCCUCUUCAAAGGAAGACUCAUUUAGAUAUGUCAUUUUAAAACAAAGGGAAAGUUGUAUUUUAAAACCAACUAGAAAGGGAAAUGAUAUGUUUAGUGUGACAUUAACUUAAACUUGCAGUUCAUAAUAUUUUAUGGUUAAAAACUUGUCACUGAAAGCAUGACAGACGUUUUCUUCAAAUUAUUGCAUCAUCCUAUAGUUUGUCCAUAACAAAGCGCUUUUUCUGAGAAGGGCCUAUUGGUCAUAUUUGGGUUUUCCCAGCAGAAACAACCAUAUGUCCACAGCAACAGGACCCAAACGGUGUUUACCCUGUGCCCAGAUCCCAGCAGACAUCAUGGCUUUAAAUUCACCCUCAUAGACAUCAAACGUCCUUUUGUGGAGUACGAGUUGACCAUAAAGCUUUCAGAGUGAACUGUUAAGCAAGCAUUUGUAUAUCAUUUCUUCAUAAAAUGUUCUUUAAAUAAUUUAUCAUGGGAGACUAAAUGUCUCAAACAUUCAGAAUCUUUCAAGAAUUGAUACUUCUUUAGUAUUGUGAUGAAGCAAUACAAAACAAAGCAACUCUCAUCUUAGCAUUUUUAAGUGUGCAGAUUAAUGGCAUUAAGUGCAUUCCCAUCAUGCAACUGUCACCACCACCUGCCUUCAUAACUCAAGUUAUAAAACUGAAACUCUCCCUUUGAACAGUAGCUUCUCCUGCUUCCCUUCCCCUAUCCCCUAAUAAUCACCAUUAUACUUUGUCUUUGUGACUUUGACUAUUCUAAGCACUUCACCUAAGUGGGAAUCAAACAGUUUUUCUCUUUUUGUGAUUGACUUAUUUUCUUAGUUUAAUGUCUUUAAGGUUCAUCCCUGUUAUAGUAUGUUGCAAAAUUUCAUUUCUUUUUAAGGCCAAAUAAUAUUCUAUGUAUAUUUAUGACACAUUUUGCUUACCCAUUCAUCUCUCAAUCAAUGGAUAUUUGGAUGGUUUCCACAUUUUAGCUAUUGUGAAUAAUGUUGCUUUGAACAUGGGUAUAAAAUAUCUUCUUGAGGCCCUGCUAUCAUUUCUUUGGGGUAUAUACCUAAAGUGGAAUUUCUGGAUCCUACAAUAAUUCUAUUUUUAAUUUUUUGAGGAGUCUAUUUUUCCAUAGCAGCUCUACCAUUUUACCAAUAGUAUACAAGAGCCAAGCUAACAGGUGUGAAGUAGUAUUUAUUGUAGUUUUGAUUUGCAUUUCCCUAAUUCUUAGUGAUGUUGGGUGUCUUUUUAUGUGCUUAUUGGAGAAAGUUUGUCCUCUAAUAAUCUUAUUGAGGAUUCUGUAUAUGUGAUGAUUUGCAUCCCUCUUGCUGCUUUCAAGAUUCUCUGUAUUUAAAGUUUGAUUAUAGGGGCUCCCCUGGUGGCGCAGCGGUUGAGCACUGGGCUGCAAAGCUGCCCGCAGCCUCUGCAGCGCAGGUUCGAUCCCCGGCCACCGGGAGGGUCCCAUAUGGUGCAACAGACCUCUCCUGCUGCACCUGCUGCUCCCCUCAGCAGUGUAUUUCGUCAGUCUGCCUGUUCUGUUCCCUGCUCUGGCUCUGGUGAAUUCUGUCACCCUCCCGUGCUUCUGACCGUACCCAGUGCUUGUAUAAAUAAAUAAA